UCCUUCCUCUCACAUUUGAAUAGACGCUCGCUGCAACACCUCUGAGCUGAAGACACUGAAGCCCAGCGACUGCAGGUGAAAUAUUCAAACAGUGUGACAUCAUGGCGGGCAAAUCACAAAUCUCCCCUGAAGAGAUCGAGGAAUUGAGAGAAGCUUUCAAUAAAGUCGAUGUGGACGGUAACGGUCACAUCAGCACAGAUGAGCUGACCGCUCUGUUUAAGGAGGCUAACCUCCCGCUGCCUGGAUACCGUGUGCGUGAGAUCGUCCAGGAGCUCAGCAGAACCAUGGACCUCAACCAGGAUGGAAAGAUCACCUUUGAUGAGUUUUCCAAGGUGGUUCAUGCCUUAAAGAGUUCAGAGGUCGCAAAGACAUUUCGUAAAGCCAUUAAUAAGAAGGAGGGAAUCUGUUCUGUAGCGGGAACCUCAGAACAAUCUGGAACUCAACACUCAUACUCUGAGGAGGAGAAAGUGGCGUUUGUGAACUGGGUGAAUAAAGCUUUGGAGAAAGAUCCAGACUGUCAGCAUGUUCUUCCCAUGGAUCCGAGUUCUGACGAUCUUUUCACUGCGGUGGGAGACGGGAUCAUACUCUGUAAAAUGAUCAAUCUGUCUGUUCCGGACACUAUUGAUGAAAGAACCAUCAAUAAGAAGAAACUCACUCCGUUCACUAUACAGGAGAAUCUGAAUUUGGCGCUGAACUCGGCCUCUGCUAUCGGCUGUCAUGUGGUGAACAUCGGAGCAGAGGACCUGAAAGAGGGCAGGCAGCAUCUAGUGCUGGGUCUCUUGUGGCAGGUCAUCAAAAUUGGCCUGUUCGCUGACAUCGAGAUUAGUCGCAAUGAAGCUCUGAUCGCUCUGCUCAGGGAUGGAGAGAGUUUGGAAGAUCUCAUCAAACUUUCUCCUGAAGAACUGCUUCUGCGCUGGGUAAACUUUCACCUGGAGGAGGCCGGAUGCCCCAAAAUCAACAACUUCAGCUCUGAUAUUAAGGACUCAAAGGCAUAUUACAACAUCCUGAAUCAAGUGGCACCUAAAGGAGAUGAGGAGGGAAUCCCAGCCAUCCCCAUUGACAUGUCAGGAAUACGGGAGAAAGACGACUUACAGCGAGCCGAGUGCAUGCUGGUACAGGCCGAUCGUCUCGGCUGCCGUCAGUUCGUCACGGCUACAGACGUCGUCCGUGGAAACCCUAAACUCAACCUGGCUUACGUGGCCAAUCUGUUCAACAAGUAUCCUGCGCUGAAGAAACCAGAGAACCAGGACAUCGACUGGAGCUCCAUCGAGGGUGAAACCAGAGAGGAGCGCACCUUUAGAAAUUGGAUGAACUCACUUGGUGUAAACCCGCGCAUCAAUCAUCUCUACGUCGAUCUGGCCGAUGCUCUGGUGAUCUUCCAGCUGUACGAGAAGAUCAAGGUUCCUGUGGACUGGGACAAAGUCAACAAACCCCCGUAUACUAAACUGGGCAGCAACAUGAAGAAGCUGGAGAACUGUAACUACGCUGUGGAAUUGGGAAAGAAGGAGGCGAAGUUCUCUCUGGUUGGGAUCGCUGGUCAGGAUCUGAACGAAGGGAACCGCACGCUCACUCUCGCUCUGCUCUGGCAGCUCAUGAGGAGGUAUACUCUGAACAUACUGGAGGAUCUGGGUGAUGGACAGAAGGUCAUCGAUGACACGAUUGUCACAUGGGUGAACGACGCGCUGGCACAAGCCGGUAAAGGCACCAUCAGCGGCUUUAAAGAUGGAGCUAUAGGCAGCAGCAUGCCAGUACUGGACCUGAUUGACGCCAUCCAGCCCGGAUCGAUCCGUUAUGACCUCAUCAAGACAGAAGAUUUGACCGAUGAAGAAAAACUCAAUAAUGCCAAGUACGCUAUCUCCAUGGCGAGGAAGAUCGGUGCACGCGUGUAUGCGCUGCCGGAGGAUCUGGUGGAGGUCAAACCGAAGAUGGUGAUGACGGUGUUUGCCUGUCUGAUGGCCAGAGGAAUGAGACGCAUCUAAACUCAUCUCACACAGAUGUCAGCGUCUCAAUGCCAACAGUGAUGCCUUUUGUUCUGUUGUUUCUCGAGUCCCACAGUCAUAGAAAAUCUGGGAAUAUCAGGGAAUUUUAACAUAGUGCUUUCCAGGAUUGGAAUAACAUUGUCAAAACAUUACAUUAACAAAGUGCCGGUAAUGCCUUCAGAGAAUGCCUUUCUCUCAUGUGUUCUGCUCUUUCCAAUUUUCAUGAAUUAACGGUGUUAACAACUUUCAGUCUAAUAGUUCUAUUAAAUGCACGUUACUAUGAAAAUUAAGCAAAAUAAAAACAGGUUCUUUUCUACUAA